UGCAGCUGACAGGUCUGCUGGUGGAGCUGAUGGUCAUAGCUAGAGCAGAAAGUCUUCAUUAAACAAAAGAGAGUAAAGUAAUCCAGGAAGAUUGUAGCGGUUUACAAGAUCUAUUGAGUUGAUUGCUCAAAAAAAUUCAUCAUUUGGGACGACAGCCUGCUGCCAGUGCCUACCAUGGCUAGCAAAAGAAAGUCAACAACUCCCUGUAUGGUACGAACUUCUGAAGUCAUGGAGCAGGAAGGUGCCGAGGGCACAGAGGCUCCUAAAGAGAAGGGGGUUGGCGCACCACAGCAGGACUCUAAAAAAAAUUGGCCUUCAGAAAGCUCGGUCAAAGACUGCGAAGUGGUUGAGGCAAAGCCCCCAUCUGAAAAUCAGUCUAAGAAGCCCCAGGGUGGUUAUGAGUGUAAGUACUGCCCUUACUCAACACAAAACUUAAAUGAGUUUACAGAGCAUGUUGACACUCAGCAUCCAAAUGUCAUUCUCAACCCCCUGUAUGUCUGUGCUGAAUGCAACUUCACAACCAAAAAAUAUGAUUCUUUAUCUGACCACAACACAAAAUACCACCCUGGAGAGACUAACUUUAAACUGAAAUUAAUUAAACGCAAUAAUCAGACUGUUUUAGAGCAGUCCAUUGAGACCACUGCUAAUGAUGUCACUGUCACAAGCGGUGGUCUAGAAAAUACAGAGUGUGAUGAUUCACUUCAUGGGGGAAUUAGUGCAAGUAAAGCACCAGUGAUGAAACCUGGAAAACCUAAAGGGGAAACCAAGAAGGGUCCAAAAAAGCCAGAAGAGGGAGUUCCAGAAAACCACGUGGAUGGCACUCUCCCCCGCAUCAUAACUGAAGCCACUGAAGCUAUUGCUUGUAUCAACGGAGAACUUCUCCAUGAUGUGCUGGCCCACGUUAUGCCCUCUGUGCAGCUGCCACCAAAUAUUAACCUUGUCCCCAAGGUCCCGGUACCUCUGAACAGUACCAAAUACAACUCUGCACUGGACACUAAUGCAACUAUGAUCAACUCUUUUAAUAAAUUUCCUUACCCAACACAAGCAGAGUUGUCAUGGUUGACAGCAGCAUCAAAACAUCCAGAAGAACAAAUCCGAAUCUGGUUUGCUACACAACGUUUGAAGCAUGGUAUAAGUUGGUCUCCCGAAGAAGUGGAGGAGGCAAGAAAGAAGAUGUUUAACGGUACUAUCCAGGCAGUUCCCCAAACCAUCACCGUCCUGCCAGCUCCUUUGGCAACUGCAAAAAUGCCCCAGCCCAUCAUCCAGACAGCUUUGCCUUGUCAGAUACUGGGCCAGACCGGUCUGGUGUUGACUCCUGUGUCAAAUGGUUCAACCGUUUCCUGUUCACCAAUUACACUUGCUGUUGCCCCGAACCAGGGGCAAAAGAGGACAAUACAGACCUUAUCAAGUGCUCCAGAGGCCAAGCGUCCUCAUGUAGUUCAGGUGCCUGAGAUUCCUGCCAAGCUGACUGCUGUGCCGCUGACGCCAGCCAGUGAGCGAAAAAAGACGAAGGAGCAGAUAGCAGAGCUGAAGGCCAGUUUCAUGGCAAGCCAGUUUCCUGAUGAUGCAGAAGUCUACCGACUGAUAGAGGCAACGGGUCUCUCCAGGAGCGAGAUCAAGAAAUGGUUCAGUGACCACAGGUAUAGAAGUCAGAGAGGCAUUGUGCACCUCGCUGGUGAUGCUCUAGGGAAAGAUCAAAUAGCACCUUCAGCUGGCCGACAUGGCCGAACGUUUCACCCGUACACAGAUUUUACUCACCAGAGAUUCAGAGAAAAAACUCAAGAGCAGCUUAGGGCUCUUGAGGAGAGUUUCCUAAAGUGCUCUUUUCCUACUCAAGGAGAACUGGACAGGCUGCGAGUGGAGACUAAGCUGAGUAGGAGGGAGAUAGAUUCCUGGUUCUCUGAGCGAAGAAAGAUAAGGGACAGCAUGGAGCAAGCUGUCUUGGACUCAAUGGGAUCAUACAGAAAAAUUAAAGAACAAGGAACUCCCAACGGUGCAAUAAACCAGGCAGAACUGCUGAGUAGCUCUCAGCUCCCUGGUGCUUUAUCUGGGUCCUCCACCACAUUGAAGAAAACCCAAGAACAGAUUCAUCUACUGAAAAGCACAUUUGCAAGGACCCAGUGGCCAUCGCCCCAGGAGUAUGACCAGUUAGCAUCUCAGACUGGGCUCACAAGAACUGAGAUAGUUCGUUGGUUCAAGGAGAACCGAUCUUCACUAAGAACAGGGUCACUUAAAUGGAUUGACCAGUACCAGCAGCAGUAUGUUGUUGAUGGUCAUAAUGAGCAAAGCCAGAAAAAGGGAUCAAAACACGCUGAGAGUCCAAAGAAUGAUAAUGAGGUGUCUCGGCAGCAUUACCAGGAGCGUAAAAAACUGAACGAAGAGAAUGGGGGGAAGCUAGUGGUGAGAGCAAAAAGAGACUGCGAACCACUGAAAGACUCCUUGUUGGGGAAUCAAGCAGAGGGUACGGACAGGUUAGAGUGCAACAGCCACGAUGGCCACGGCAGCGAGGAGAAUGAGGAGCCAGCAGAGGUCAACUGGGUGGAGGUGACAGUGGGAGAGGAUGAUGUUGCAUCAGACUGUACAGACAGCUGGAGCCAAACGGCACCCGAAGGCCAGGCAGAGCUGGUGGACUUUGACUCUGAAAGUAUAUCUGGAGACAAUUCCCACGUAUAG